CCAGCAACCGGCGAGCGCGCGCCUCUCGCCCGCCAACGCCAUAAGUAUCGACGCGCGUACUUGUGAAAACACCCCGACUAAACCGCAUGCAAUGUCCUAGCUUCCUUCACUGUGAGCGUCUUUGCAUCUCUGGAAAAAUUGCAUAUCCGAACACACUGCCGCAUCGAUUUACAAGGUCGCCCGCAGUGCAGUUUGCUAUCAGCCUAUCAGUAGAACACGCACUUUUCAUACGCCAAGAUCGGUGGAAUGGAGCUAGUAGUGGGCGCGUCUUGAUAACGAUGGGCGCGGGCGGCGGAUAGCAGCGGGCGUCGGCGCGAUGUGGGCGCGGGUGGCGCGCGCGUUGCGCCGCGGCCUGCUGCUGCUGCCGCUGGCGCUCACGCUGCUGGCGCUGCUCAUGCUGCCGCGGCCUCCACCCGUCCCGCCGUCUCCUCUACUCAGACAUUCAUCGCUACCACCACCUGACCUCGAUGAACCGCAAUCACAGAAUGAGGUACUACCUGAAAAAGAUGAGCAGGCGAAACUCGAGGGUGAUGAGGUACUGCAACGACCUUGGUUUAUGAGAGGCGGAGAACGGCGACCCCUUGCUAACAGUGUGGACGCGAAUAAACUCUUCCCUGAAGAUGCUCAAGGCGAGGACAGAAUUGUCGACCAACUAAUGUUCACAAUUCCAAGCGACAUGCCAAUUAAGACGAUAUUGUUAGCAAAUGGACUAAGUUCUUGGGGUGUUUCCGGAGGGCGAACUGAAUUCGUGCGAAAUAAGUGUCCUGUAGACCGAUGUAUACUGACUGCGGAUUCACGCGAGGCUGGCACCGCAGACGCAAUUCUUUUCAAAGAUCACCACACGCCAUUCAAUGUCAAGCGUCCGCCAAACCAGUUAUGGAUCUUAUACUAUUUGGAAUGUCCUUACCACACCGCGUCUCUUCGACCAUCAUCUUUAGACGUGUUCAACUGGACGGCGACAUAUCGUCGCGACUCUGAUAUCGUUGCGCCUUAUGAACGGUGGGUCUACCACGACGCUAAAAUCACAGCGAAGGAGCUUGACCGAAAUUACGCUGCUAACAAAACCAAAAAGGUGGCGUGGUUCGUAUCGAACUGUCACGCACGCAAUCGGCGGUUGCAAUACGCGCGACAACUCGCGAAACAUAUUUCAGUGGACGUUUACGGAGCGUGCGGCUCUCAUCACUGCCCUCGUACCGACCCAAACUGCUUGGAAAUGCUUGAUAAAGAUUACAAGUUCUAUUUGGCGUUCGAAAACUCAAACUGCAAAGAUUACAUAACAGAGAAGUUUUUUGUUAACGGCUUACAACACGACGUGCUGCCAGUGGUGAUGGGUGCGCGCGCAGAGGAGUACGCGGCGGUGGCACCGCACAAUUCGUACGUGCACGUUGAGGAGUUUGCCAACGCGGAGGAAUUGGCCGCUUACCUACGUCGUCUCGACGAGGAUGACACGCUGUACAACUCCUACUUCAAGUGGAAAGGUACUGGGGAGUUUAUAAAUACAUACUUUUUCUGCCGGUUAUGUGCAAUGGUGCACGCUAAUGACCAGAGACAGCGCACAGCACACUAUCCGGACGUGCAGUCGUGGUGGCGCGACGGGGCGUGCACGCGUAACGAGUGGCGUGCUGUCGCGAAAGACAGCAAAGACAACGGGUAGAAGCACCACCAACGAAUUGUCGCGUUUCUAUUACCCACACUACUAUUCACUCGCAUAGAGUCUAUCGUGCUUUGUAGUGCAAUAUUGUAACAUCGACGACCUAAAACCAAUGCACUGGUCACAUUGGUCACAUAAAUGGUUUUUCAUCAAAAACCCAGGUCAUCGUUACGUCCUUGUUAAUUAGUUUUAUCAAGCCAAGCAAUGGAAAAGGCUUAGAUUUAUUAAAUAACACAUUAACGACAUCGCAAUAUUAACUGCAAUAAGAGAGAAACUUACUGCUGCGUCUAAAUUAAGGGUUAAGUCAACCCAACUACAUUAAUAACUCUUAUCCACUAUUAAGUAAUACAACACCAAACAAAAUAUUUAAUAGGUUUACAAAUUGUAAUAUUUUGUAAUAAAAAAGAAUACAAAUAAAUUGUACAAAACUAUAAUGAUAGAGACUGAAUGAAGAAGAGCGACAUUUUGCAAGUCGAAUUUCUUUUGUAUAGCAUGUCAAAAUAUGUUAAUUCAUUGACAGAUUUUAUAUUGUAUUUUUUUAACACUGACUGGAACAUUUUAGGGCCAUUUUGCAUGCUUGACUGAUGCGAUUGAUCUCGAAAAAUCUGCUCCAAUUAUAUUUUGAUGUCUUACAUGCGAUGUUGGAAAGUUGGAAGGCAAAAAUUAACAAUAUAUCGAAAUCACUUGCAACGCGCCUUAAAUAUAAUCUUUCACUAUGGGUGCGUUCCCGUCAUGUCGUGACGACAGAUAAUCGUGCAGUUUCAAGUGUCAUGGCUUGUACAUUUAAAUGAACUUUUUCACACACAGAACAACACGAUUCACGACUUUUUUGACAUUACGACGACAGACUGUCACGACAAUGGGAAGAGCUACAGAACGACAGCCGUCUGACGAGUCGACGACGAAUAAAAAGUGCCUACAGAUAAUCGCAGCUUCAAACGAUUCUGUCGUGGAAACGAAAAGGCGGAUGCCGUGAACCUAAAAUUGUCGUCACGAUCUAGUGGGUAGCUGAUCCCACGACAAUCGUUCAACGACAAAAUAAAUGUCCACGACACAGUCACGACAGAUAGUCAUGAUAUGGGAACAAGCUAUACGCGACUGUCGUCCAACGAUAAAUAAAACGUUACGAAAUAAUGGGAACGCGCCCUAAGUAAAUAAUGUAUAAUGUAUUUCUGUAUAAUGUAUCCAGUUAGCAUAUCGACAUAGUGAACAUGUCGCUCCUCUUUACCAUUCUUAUUAAGUAGAAACAACAAAUAAUCAAUAUGUACACUCCGUUAAAGUAGUCAUUAUUAACACAUCUUCAAAUGAACACUUGCCUUAUUUACUGAUAUAGCUACUAACAAAAUAUAGAGUAUUUUAAUAAUGUUCGAAUAAUUAAUUCCGCAAUAUUUAAUACACCAAGCAACUAUUUGUAUAUUUUUGUGUACCUAGUUGAUAUUUAUUGAUAGUACAAGUGUAGAACUAUAUACAAUUGAACGACCGAUACGAUGUAUAGCUCAAAAUGUAAGUAAUUCCUGUAAACCGUAAGGCACAAUGCUGUACUACAGCCGGGCAAGCCUGAGUCCGGGCUACGUUGUUUAAUUGUUCAUACAUUGCACACGAGGAAAAAUCCCUGUGUGGUGAUGCAAGUUUUUUCCAUCACACAAUAUGAAAAACCUCGGUUACUUGUGAAAGAGACCUGAUUAUUAAAAUCAUUGUAUUGUACAUUGAUUUCGUUAUGUCGACGGAUAUAGAGGCAGAAAAUGGCACUUUGCGCGCAGAACGAAUUGCACUUGCCCCAUCCUCUACAUGGCACCUACACCUACAGAAUGGGAUGUUGGUGACAUCAUUAGAAAGUACGCAUCAAUAACGAUGGCAGAUAAAGUAUAGAAAACGCGAGUUUUUAUGGACACACUUUUUACGAUUUAGUGCAAUUUAGCUAAUGCUUAAUAAAUAAAUAAAACAAUAUAAUGUCACUAGCAUAUUGCAGAGAAAAUUUAUGGAAAAUUCGAUGCGGGCAUUAGAUGGAACGUGCGGGCGGGCAUAAUGACGUCAUCAUCAGGUUAGACGCGUGUCCUAGUGACCCUUAGUAUCCUCGACAGGUUCGCCUACUUUUUAUCUCAAGUUUUUUUAUUAUUUACACCUCGUGUUGCAGGGAAAUGAUCAGACCAUAAGAUUUAGUCAUUAUUAUUUUAAUAUUUAAAUUGUUAGUUAUUUCACUCCACCAAACCAUCAGAGAUUGAAGCAAUCAUCAAUCAUCAUCAUCAAUCUAAACAAAUCUAGCAAACUCAAAUACCUUGGAAAAAAUUAUUAAAUUCCUGAUUUGAACAUUCCCCUAUGACAUAAAUGUAUAAUAUAUUUAUCAUAAGUACUUAACUUUAGUACGUAGACUAUUUUUUUAGACUUCUGUUAUUAUUUGUAACGAUCUUAUGCCUGUUAAUGUUCAUAUUUGUUUAUAACAGUCUUGUGAAGACUGACUAAGUACUUAUCUAUUUGUCCUAAAGCGUUAGAAACUAGCACAAAGUCCAGCAGACUGCAAUAAUUAUACAAUAUUAGUUUCGUUAGAUGUCUGAUGAGGAGGCUUAGCUAGUGUGUGCUAGUAGUUAUACCAAUAAUUGUAAUUGUUAUUUAGACGUAUGUUAGAUUUGCACAUUCCUGACAACUCAAAAUUCUUUUCAAAAUAAUUACUUACCUAGAAUAUAGUUUGUGACGUACGGUAUGAUAAUUCGGAAUCGGUAAAUUUUUUUAAGGCGUGGCAUGCAGGCUAGGCGCUGGUAGUCAAGUCAUAUUUUUUGAGGAAUCGUUUUAGUCCAGUAUACAUAUAACCGAGAUUAUUGAAGUUUAGAUAAAUUAAUUUUGGUCGCUUUUAUAUGUUACUUUUUUGUGAAAGCACAAACUGCUCUUUUCCAAUUGAAAUCUUUUACAUAUCUCUUGCGGUGUUUUUGUAAAACUAUUUGCUUUAUGAAUGUCGAAUUUUUAAUAAUGUAAUCUGUAUAAGAUAAUGUUCAUCGUGAACUUGUUGAAUGUAGUUAAUUACGUUUCUUGUUUUUAAAUAUAAAGCACACUAAUUCACUGUGUGUGAAAAAAAGUUUAUUUAAGAAAACGAACUAGAUAUUGUUGAUUGUUAAGCUGUUUAUUAUACAGUACGAUUUUUUUAACUGGGACAGUAUGAGGAAAUCCGAAACUAUAGGAGCGGGCUAGACUUCGACUCGAAUUAGUCUUCAGUUUUAGUCUUAUGAUUCAAGACUUGAGGGUUAGAAGACUAGACUAGUCGUGAGGCGUUAAAAAUUAGUCGAGGUUUUUAAAAGGUCUUAAAAGACCGAGUCUCUCUCAUCACUACCUAUUUCUGCCGCCAUGCAGUAAUGUGAACGUUACGUUUCGGUUUUGAAGGGUAAGGGUGAAAUUACUUGUUAUCUUAUGUCUCAGGGUAACAGGCGCAGUGGCAGUGCCUCUCAGAUUUUAGUGAGGCAAUGAACUGUUAUGGACCGGCGUGUCGCUUGCCACCAGGCGCACGACUUGUUCGUCCCAUCACGUGAUAUCAAAAAAGCAUGUCUUUUUAUGCUUGUUUGCAUCGACAUAAGUCGAGAGUUGUCCAAAAAAUUUAAUAAUGUUGACAAUUUUUUUAAUGCUAAUUGACUCAGUUAUUUAUAAGGAUCAUUUUAUUGUAAAGGAAGAAAAAACCGAAAUAACGGACGUUGUUCAAAUUUAACAAAAUGUUUUUUUAUUAAAUUUAAUACAUUGCAUUUUUCUAUUGUAUGAAAAAUAUUUCCCAAGUAUCUCCUGUGGUUUUAAAUGUCCCCGUACUACUAGGUAUCAGUUAAAAAAAUCACACUGUAUACAAGGUGUAAAUGUUAUUUAUUGUGAUUUUAUAUUGUAUUGUAUGCAUUAUUUGAUUCUUGCAUGAAGUUUUCAUUUUGUGAAGUAGUUCUUAUCUCAUAACUUGCGAUCUACCUAAGACUUGGUAGUAUAUCUAUUAUUUAGUUAGAUUUUAGCAGCACAAUAUCAAUAUGAUAGUGAAUAUUUUUAAGCUUACAAGAUCUAUUGAGUCUUUAUUUGUUGAAAUAUUGAUAUUAGUUUAUAUAACAAGCAUUUACAACUUAGUACUUAUAAGUAAAUAGACCACAGAACGUGUAUUUAAUAAAGUUUACGAAGUAGGUAUUUUAAUUUAAUUUAUCAAAGACGACACAUUUAUACUGGUGCCUUUUCUCUGCAAUCAAAAAAUAUUGAAACAUAUUGUAAAGAAUGUACCUACAUAUACCUCUUGAUCGGAAGCUUGUUUUGGUCUACAGCUUUCUAAAAUAAAAUAAAGUGGUAAUACUACUUACAAUCAACUGUGAUUACUCACUGAUAUAAUAAUAUAACUAUGCAAAAGUUUUGUAUUUACGUAGUUAGUUACGAAAGCUGCAGAUCAAAACAUGUAUGUUCACCACAUCAUUCCACGCGUGCCUCUAAAUGUAGUUUUUCCUUUAAUCGAAACUAUACACAGUUUUAUGACAUUUUGUUAAACGAAAACACUUUCUCACGAAACUGCCAUCUGUAUGUAACUUUAAGACAAAAUAGACAGCGUAUUAUAAUCUGCAACUUAUAAUGUAAAGAGCGCAAUAUAUUGAAUAAGUAUAGACCUUAGGCUUUUAGCUAAGAAACAAUAUUGCCGAUACAAACUAAAUUUAUUAUUAAAUAAAAGACUUACAGAAUUUUACUUAAUAAGCAGCUGACAUAUAUUUUUUAUUGUUAAGUAAUUACCAAUGGUCGGGAAAAGGUGUUCUACUUGUAUAGAUAUGGUUAUAAGGAGGACAUAGAGUUGUUAAAACCAUCAAAUAUUAAUUAAUUACUGUUUCGAAUUCCGGAAAUGGUUUUACUGCAUGGUGGGACAAAACUACUCACCUAGGAAGUCGAGUUUGGAUUUUGCAGUAAUUCUAAUGGUGUCAUGAAAAAAUGCAGUAGAUAACUGAUCUUUUAUCAAAACAGAAUUAAAAAGUAACGAGAAUGGUCACUCGGUAUUGACGGUUACAUUGACGGAACGGCGACUUUUGCUUGUAGAGCCUUGUUAAAAAAAUAAUUAAAAAUUUUAUUUACGAGGACAAUUUUAGGACAUUUUAGUUUGCAUGAGAAUCGUUGUGAUCGCACUCAACAAAAUAUUUUAUUUAAAUUCAAAAAUAAUGUAUAACAGAUGUUCAUAAAUUCGAACCAAUAGCAGAAAUGUCGUAUAAACUGCCUCUGUGGCCGAAUGGUUAUCAUGCCGGACUGCCACGCAAAGGUCCCAAGUCAUGGCAUGUAUAUAUGUAUGUGGAAACACCUUUUUCCGACUACUGGUAAUUACAUAUUGUGAAUAUAAUCUUCUCGACAACAUAAUAUCUAGAACUGUGACACAGAAUAAAACGUUGGUAGAUAAAUAGACUACAUUAUGUAGGUAGGUGCCUGAAAGUCAGUUCGCUGGUAAUGAAAACAUUAAUUAGAUGUACGCCAAAAUAUCUAGUGUAGGGACAAGCCGAAACUAAGCGCUAUGUGAUUGGUACGAAUCAAUGCUACCUACUCACCCAGAUAGGAUGUACUACCUCAAAUUUGUAUCUACUGUGAUAUAAUAAUCGUAGUGUUUUAUAUUGGGGACAGGUAACAAAGCUGUGCCCUAAUUUGGGGCCUUAUAAGUGUACAUUAUUGUACUUCGUAAUGCUAUAUACGCACGGCCCUAUACUAACUUUUGCUAAUUACUGUAACUUUUUAUUAUAAAAAAAUUGUAUCCCGUAUGCAAUUCAUUUUCAACCAAUAGCAUGGAUACCGAAUGUACUAUCAGCAAUAUAGAAACUUCAUUCAUUCCUAAAACGCUUAUUAGCGUGUGGCCGUUCGUUGAAGUACGUAAUGGCUGUCUCUGCAACGGGUAUUGUGGUUCGAUUGUUCAAUAAUUAGCAUAUACGAUAAUAAUAUUAAAGCAAUGGAUUACAAAGCAAAAAUCUUCCUUAAAGUGCCGUAGUAAUAAUUCUAUUUGUAAGCAAGAUUCUUACCUCAAAAUUAUGCUGUG